AUGGGGGAUCAGAAAAUAUCUCAACCUUCAACCUCCGAUGAGCUCACCGAUGUUGAGGAUCAUGCCUUGACGAGCAAAGAUGAGCUCCUGGGCAAGAUAUCAGAGAUGGAGAACUCUCUAGCCGCACUUUCCAACCAGCUUGAGCUUCUACUAGAUAAAUUCUCUCUACUUGUUCUUGUUCUGCCACCUUGA